AUGGAACUGGAGCUAUAUGGAAUAGGCACAUACACAACAGAAACUAAAGCCAGGAACAGGGGAAGACAAAAAAAACAGGGCACGCAAAACAGGAGACACAGGAGGCGGGGAGGCACCAACGAGUGCGGGACAGAUGGGAAACACGGGGUGGUGGCAGCUGGCGGAGGCAGGUCCAGAGUCGCAGAGGAGAUCAAUGGCAGCAGGCUCCUGGGCUGUCAGUUGAAGAGCGAUGAUGAGACUCCUGCUCUGUUUGUGCUGGUCAACCGUCGUGGUAGCAUCCCAGGAAUCCUUGCGGUCUCCGACCUGCAAGGAAGCACAUGGCUACGCAAUGCCAGUAGGCCAUAUAUCCAUUACUGCCGCUCUCCAGACAUGGAGACCUUUACUUGCUGGUGGCAUCCCCUUGACAACGGUCCCCAGGGCGAUGACAAUUUGACUUAUAGCCUCAUGUACACCAUUGGCAAGAAGUCACCGAAAGAAUGUCCAGACUAUGUGAGUGGAGGUGCAAACAGCUGUUAUUUUGAUGAAGAGCACACGGUCAUUUGGGAGUUGUUCUGCAUGAAUGUGACUGCACGCAGCCUCAAAGGUUCUUUCACCUCCGAGCAGUGCUGUCUGGAUGUGGCAGACAUCGUGGAGACAGACCCACCCUUCAACCUCACCUACACUUUGCUGAACAUCAGCAACCACGAGUCUGGUCGCACGGCCCAUGUGUCCUGGCAGUACCCCAUUGCCUCCCACGUACGAAGCGGGUGGAUCACACUCAUCUUUGAGCUGCGGUUCAGACAUGUCCCUGAGCCCAAUAAAUGGAAGGUCAAGGAGCGUCUGCGUGAGCCUUAUCUGGAGCUACUGGACUUGCCAGUAGGGAAUUAUGAAGUACAAGUGCGCUGCCGCUCACAAAACAGCAAUCUGUGGAGCAAGUGGAGCUCAACACUAAUGCUUAUUGUUCCUCCCAGAAAACUGUCAGAGCAAGUGUAUGUGGUGAUUCUUGUAAUUGCCAUUGGAGUCACGACCAUGUUCAUCAUCGGGAUAGGGGUCAUUUCCCAAGGAAAGAGGAUUAAAGCUUACCUGAUCCCACCCAUCCCUAAGCCAUGCAUCAGAGGAAUUGAUCCCAUGCUUCUGAAGAAGGGGAAGAUGGAUGAGAUCAAUUCUCACUUCUCAUCCCUGUAUGGCUAUAAGUCUUCUCAGUACCAUGAGGAGACCUCGUGCCAUGAAAGCAUGGACGAGGAGGUUACCCCGCCUCAACCUAGCCUUACAUCCAGCCACGACAACGAUGCCACUCCCCCUGAGAGCCAGCAAUUGCUUCUCACCGUCAGUAGCCCCUCCGAUUACUGCCAAGCACCUGUGGUGUAUGGAGAAGAGCACCCCUACAACAAGGAUUUGGAAGUGGCCCUGCCUGCUGAGAGCAAUUCACCAGUGUGGUCAGUGCCAAGCCACACCCAGCCAGAGCUUGUGUCAUUCCCAGGAAUGGACUACAGCAUGAUUCUCGACUCUGCAUCUUUAACUACCACUGCUCCGCCCACCUUUCAUGACUUCUACACCUGUGUGAACAGAGUAUCACCUAGUGGAGCAGUGCAUCUAGUCCCCUGUGUGUCAAAUGUUAUCACAGACACCCCCUAUUUUCAGCUGAGACAGAAACUGGGGGAGGACUCAGAGAAGAACAGCCAAUUAGUGGUCUACUUGGAGAAACAGGCAGAAGUUCCAGCCAGUUUUAAUCCAGUUAGCCCAGGGGAGGCAGAGCAGAGUGAAUUUGCUGUAUCAAUACAUCCCCACCAGACACAUGGGAGCUAG